AUGAUGACAGUCACACGGGGCUACAGGUGUAACGCAGGAAACCGGCACACCGGCCGCGGGCUCCCGCCUGUGCAGCGGGAGAACACACAGACCGCGCAGCUCAUCGUGUUUUCGGAGGGUCCUGGGGCCCCUCUCCUCACCUGCAGCAUCAUCUGUCACCUCACCUUUGGAGACCAGGAGGAGGCCGUGGUGCACGCCUUUCAUGACUGUGUCCAGGACUUGAUGAGGACCUGGGACCACUGGUCCAUCCACAUUUUGGACAUCGUUCCCUUUCUCAGGUUCUUCCCCAGCCCCGGCCUACGGAGGCUGAAGCAGGCUGUGGAGAGCAGGGACCACAUGGUGGAGGGGCAGCUGAGGCGGCAGGAGGAGAGCAUGGUGACAGGCCGCUGGCGGGACGCGAUGGACUACAUGCUGCAGGGGGUGGGGAAGCCGCCGGCCCAGCAGGGCUCCGGGCAGCUCCUCGAGGGGCACGUGCACAUGUCUGUGGUGGACCUGUUCAUCGGCGGCACCUCCACCACCUCGACCACCCUCUCCUGGGCCGUGGCGUUUUUGCUUCACCACCCUGAGGUCCUGAGGCGACUGCAGGAGGAGUUGGACCGUGAGCUGGGCCCCGGGGCCUGGUGCUCCCCAGUCCCCUACAAG